GGUCCUCGGUACCACCGCCCCGAAACAUGGAUAAUCCAUUUUGACCGCUAGACGCGAGCUGCCGUGUGCUGAGAUCGCUCGUUCGGGGCUACACCCACACUGAGCUCCUGAUCCUAGGGCAGGCAGGCAGAGUGUAAAAUGGCGCACAGCUGUCGGUGGCGGUUCCCUGCUCGGCCCGGAGGGAGCAGCAGCUCGGGCACCGGGAGGAAAGCGGGCCGAAUUCGAGUCAAUGCUUCCCUCCUUAUCAGCGCGGGAACAAAUCCGAACGCGAACGGGCUCGGGCCCGGUUUCGACGCUGCGUUGCAAGUGUCCGCUGCCAUCGGCAGCAACCUGCAGAAAUUUCGGGAUGUUUUGGGGGAGUCGAGCGGCUCCAGUAGCGGGGAGGAGGAAUUUGGAGGCUUUACCACAGUUAGUGACAACAGAAGACUACAUAGCCCUGGAAGAACGUCAAUAGGUUCUAUCACACCAGACAAGAAGCCCAGAGGACGUCCUCCUAGGACUCCUGCUGUGCAGAGGGUUGGCACUGAUACUGAAACAGCCCCUUUGCCUGUUGCCACAUCACCUACAGAGAAGUUAAAGCGACAACCAGGGAGGCCUCCUGGCACUAGAGAAAAAAAAAGAGGUCGCCCUCCUGCUUCUGUCAGCCAAAGGACCUGGCAACACAGCGGCCAUGCACUGCCUGAAGAGGGUAGAGAAGUCCCACAGGAGUGCAGCUCCAGUCCUGUACACAGCAAGGAAGGUGUGGAGGAAAACAAGGAGAAAAGGCAAACUCCACUUGGGUCUGGGCACCAUCAGGGAUCUGAGGCUAAGCUUCACAAAGUCAGUCGGGAGUCCAAGGUGACCAAACUGAAAAGACUGCGGGAAGUCAAACUGAGCCCACUGAAGUCUAAGCUGAAGGCCAUUGUAAGGAAAACAGUCACUGUUCCUGGUAAGCAAAGACGGAAGCGAGGCAGACCACCUUCUGCAGAGCGCCUCAAAGCUGAGGCUGCUGCUGCUGCCGCUGCUGCUCAAGCUGCAAAUGCAUCCAUGGCCCAGGAGACAUCCACAACAGCACCGAGGACUGCUAAGAAAAAGGCCUUUAGGGUUCGUCGGUCACAAGACUUGGGUGCUCGCACUCCACAUGAGCUCAGGGCUUCUCAUACUGCUGAUGAACACACUCACUCAGAUUCCCAAGACUCCCCUACAGCAGCUGACCCAUUGACCCCAACUAAAGUUGGCAGGCCUUUGGGGUUACGUCAGAGCCCUCGCCAUAUCAAACCUGUGCGGGUUGUCCCUCCCUCUAAACGCACUGAUGCCACAAUUGCGAAGCAGCUAUUACAGAGGGCCAAAAAGGGGGCCCAGAAGAAAAAACUGUUGGAAAAAGAUUCUGUUGGCACACAAGGAAAAGCCGGUCUUGAGGCUGGGAAGCACAGAAGGCGAACACAAUUAACCAACAUUAGGCAGUUUAUCAUGCCUGUUGUGAGCACAGUGUCCUUGCGCAUCAUCAAGACUCCAAAGCGAUUUAUUGAAGAUGAGGGCAGUUUCAGCACUCCACCACCACACAUGAAAAUUGCUCGAUUAGAAUCAGCACUGACUGCCCCAGCACCCCAACCCGCAACACCAUCCACCCCAGCUCUCGUUUCCACAGCUCCUUCUACAAGUGGAACUACUGCCACACCUGGGUCAGGGUCUGCGGUUGAGUCUCUCCCUCCUCCACCACCUCCUGUCUCAACGGGCAGCACUACUGCCAUUGCAGCUAGUCUCCUUAACAGCAGCUGCAACAAUAGCACUAGCAAUGGACGCUUCAGUAGCAGUGCGGCAUCCUGUGGCUCCAGUGCUGUUUCGCAGCAUUCCUCUCAGCUCUCUUCUGGUGAGUCAUCUCGCUCUACUAGCCCUAGCCUUGAUGACUCCUCCUGUGAUUCCCAAGCCUCUGAGGGUACGCAGGCCCUCUCAGAAGAGGCUGAUCAUUCCCCAGCCUCUCAAGGAGAGACAGAGGCCAGUUUGCACCAUGCCUCUCACCCACCAUCACCAACAUCUGAGCCAGAGCCAGACCAUAUAGUUUUGGAGCACAGCAGACGGGGUCGCAGAGGUCAGAGUCAUAGACGAGGUGCUGUAGUGGCACGUGGUAGGGGCAACCUAAUUAUUGGAAGAAAACAGGCUAUUAUCAGCCCAGCCACAGGAGUUUCACAAGCUGGAUCUCAACAGGCCUCUUCCACUGCAUCGUCUUCAUCUUCCCCACCGCCGCCUCCUCUUCUUAGUCCUCCUCAGCCUCCUCAGACAGCUUCAUCCAAUGCAGCAGAACAUCACUCCCAUUCACCUUGGAUGAUGUCACACUCCAUUGCCCCCUUUCUACCUACUUCUUCAAUACUCUCCAGUUCUCAUGACAAACGUCGCUCAAUACUACGAGAGCCUACUUUCCGCUGGACAUCUUUGUCAUGUGCUGAAAAUAAAUACUUCUCCUCUGCCAAGUAUGCAAAGGAGGGUCUUAUCCGCAAACCCACUUUUGACAACUUUCGGCCUCCUCCACUGACUGCUGAGGAUGUGGGACUCAUGCCUCCAGUCACUGGUGGAGGUGGUGUCACUUCAGGAGGCUUCCCAGCACCUGGUGGUGCGGCUGGGACAGGUACAAGACUUUUCUCCCCCUUGCAUCAUCAUCCUCACCACAAUCACCACCAACAUUCCUCAUCACGUUUUGAAACACCACUCCAAAAGCGCACCCCUUUACUACGCCCUCCUUUCUUUACUCCCAGUCCAGCUCAUUCCCGCAUCUUUGAGUCAGUAACCCUCCCAUCCUCCUCAGGGAGCAGCCCUGGAUCUCUGUCUCCCCUACAAGUCUCACCAACAUCAAGCAAAAAGAAAAAGGGGUCAAGGUUCUCUCGUGGGCAACCCCGGUCACCUUCACACUCUAUGAUUACCAGGAGCAGUCAGUCAGGCGUUCCAACAGGGAAGUCUUCUGAACAAUCCAUUAUUAGCAGUUCUGUCCCUAUAACCGUAACUGGAAAUUCUAGUCCAUUACCUGGGGUUGCAGUCAGUCCACUUGCUGCCAGUGCCUUAACUCAAGCAUCUUUCAGUGGCUUCCCCUCAGGCUCCAUUGGUCUUACAAGCCAUGGAGUUUCAGAUGGGCGGCGAGCAGCAGGGGGUCUCAGUGUAAGUGGGAAUUCUGCUUCAUCUUCACAGCUCUUCCCUCUUUUUACACCAAGUCCUCAAGCAUCAGGUGGGGGUACUGGAAAAGCAGGAAAGGAACGCGGUAUAUCUGCUACCAGAGACACAGGUACAAAGGAGAAGGACCGGGAGAUGGAGAAGAGCAGGGAACGUGAAAAGGAAAACAAAAGAGAUGGAAGAAGAGAUUGGGAUAAAAGAGGGAAAAGCCUUCCAUCAGAAGCUUCCCCCAGUUCUAUAUCUAGUUUCUUUGGUUUGGAGGCUAUUGAGGAAUCUCUCACCCAAAAAAGGACCCCUGGCCGAAAAAAGUCAGUCACAGUUGACUGUGCAGAGGCCUCUCCAAGUGACUCUGCAGCAGUUCAGGCUGUUGGGUCCUUGUCAUCAAAGGGUCGGCUGACUAAAAAAGGCAGACCUCCAGAGAAGAGUAUUGAAUCAGAGGGAGUAGAGAGGGAAAAGGACAAAGAGAAACUGAGUGCCCUUACCCAAGCAGGUCAGAUGGGGAAACCCCCAACAACUACAUCCAUAGACUCCAUAUUAGAUCGUGCCGAGAAGCAGCCUGUUACAGACAGACGUGUUGUUAGACUGCUGAAAAAAGCUAAAGCCCAGCUCAAUAAGAUAGAGAAGCGAGAGUUACAACCUGGUGAUCAACCCAAAUUGCCGGGACAAGAAAGUGACUCCUCUGAGACUUCAGUCCGUGGUCCACGAAUUAAGCAUGUGUGUCGUCGUGCAGCUGUAGCUCUGGGUCGCAACCGUGCCGUGUUCCCAGAUGAUAUGCCUACCCUUAGUGCCUUGCCAUGGGAGGAGAGAGAAAAGAUCUUGUCUUCCAUGGGAAAUGAUGACAAAUCAUCAGUGGCGGGAUCAGAGGAGGCAGAGCCACCCACACCUCCUAUUAAGCCAGUAACAAGGCAGAAGACAGUCCAUGAGGCCCCACCCAGAAAGGGCCGGCGCUCUCGACGCUGCGGGCAGUGUCCAGGCUGCCAAGUCCCAAAUGACUGUGGGGUGUGCACCAACUGCCUGGAUAAGCCCAAAUUUGGGGGGCGCAAUAUUAAAAAACAAUGUUGCAAAGUACGGAAGUGUCAGAAUUUGCAGUGGAUGCCAUCAAAGUUUCUUCAGAAGCAAGCAAAAGGUAAAAAAGACAGGAGGAGGAAUAAAUUGUCUGAAAAAAAGGAAUUGCACCACAAAUCCCAGUGUUCUGAAGCAAGCCCCAAGUCGGUUCCUCCUCCAAAGGAUGAACCUCCCCGUAAGAAAAGUGAAACUCCGCCACCAGCACAGGGAGAUGACAAACAAAAGCAGACACAACCUUCAUCACCAUCCUCACCAGCUUCCUCCCCAAAGGACCCUCUCCUUUCUAGUCCUCCUGACGACCACAAGCAUUCACUGACUUCUCUGAGCUCAGCUUGUAGAAAGGAACGGAAGCAGCAGCCCAGUUCUUCACCCACCUUCCUGCAUGCUGCCCCAUCUUCCCCACCAGCACAGUCCCAGCAUUCCUUGCAGCAGCCAUGCCAAAUGCCAGCAAAAAAGGAAGGUCUUACAAAGUCGCAGUCGCACACUGAGCCCAAGAAGAAAUCUCAACAACAAAGUCAACCCAGCUCUGCCACAGACACAGCACCUGAUGCAAAGCUAAAGAAACAGACCACUCGAUGCGUUCAACCACUCAAGCCUAAACCAAAAGAAAAGGAGAAACAGCUACCCAAACCUGACAGCAGUACUUUAAACUCCCAGAGCACUCCUUCGACUGGGGGCACAGCCAAGCAGAAAGCGCCCUACGAUGGAGUGCAUCGAAUCAGAGUGGAUUUCAAGGAGGACUAUAACAUUGAGAAUGUGUGGGAGAUGGGUGGGCUCAGCAUUCUCACCUCUGUGCCAAUCACCCCACGGGUGGUGUGCUUUCUUUGUGCCAGCAGCGGUAAUGUAGAGUUUGUUUUCUGCCAGGUGUGCUGUGAACCCUUCCAUCUCUUCUGCUUGGGGGAGGCAGAGCGGCCUCAUGACGAACAGUGGGAAAACUGGUGUUGCCGCCGAUGCCGCUUUUGCCAUGUUUGUGGGCGGAAAUAUCAGAAAACCAAACAGCUACUGGAGUGUGACAAGUGCCGAAACAGCUAUCACCCCGAGUGCCUGGGACCCAACCAUCCUACCAGACCCACCAAGAAGAAGAGAGUCUGGGUUUGCACCAAGUGUGUGCGCUGUAAGAGUUGUGGAGCCACCAAACCAGGAAAGGCCUGGGAUGCCCAGUGGUCACAUGAUUUCUCUUUGUGUCAUGACUGUGCCAAACGUUUAACUAAAGGCAACUUGUGCCCACUUUGUAAUAAGGGCUAUGAUGACGAUGACUGUGACAGCAAAAUGAUGAAGUGCAAAAAGUGUGACCGCUGGGUCCAUGCCAAAUGUGAAAGCUUAACAGAUGACAUGUGCGAGCUCAUGUCUAGCCUGCCUGAGAACGUGGUCUACACUUGCACAAACUGCACUGAGUCCCAUCCUGCUGAGUGGCGCACUGUCCUAGAGAAAGAAAUUCAGAGGUCCAUGCGGCAAGUUCUCACCGCCUUGUUCAACUCCCGCACAUCCACACACCUGCUCCGCUAUAGACAGGCUGUUAUGAAGCCACCUGAGCUCAACCCAGAGACCGAAGAAAGCCUUCCCUCACGACGUUCCCCAGAGGGUCCUGAUCCCCCUGUGUUAACGGAGGUCUCUCCACCAAACGAUUCGCCGCUCGAUUUAGAGUCUGUGGAGAAGAAAAUGGAUUCUGGAUGCUAUAAAUCUGUGCUGGAGUUCAGUGAUGACAUUGUGAAAAUCAUCCAGACAGCCUUCAACUCAGAUGGAGGUCAGCUAGAGAGCAGGAAAGCCAACAGCAUGCUCAAGUCCUUUUUUAUUCGGCAAAUGGAGCGGAUUUUUCCAUGGUACAAGGUGAAGGAGUCCAAAUUUUGGGAGACAAGCAAAGCUUCUUCCAAUAGUGGACUGCUUCCCAAUGUUGUUCUGCCACCUUCUUUGGAUCACAACUAUGCCCAGUGCCAGGAGAGAGAGGAGAUAGCCAAGGCUGGGCAGUCCGUGCACAUGAAAAAGAUCAUCCCGGCUCCUCAUCCUAAAGCCCCUGGAGAACCCAACUCUCUGAUGGCCCCUACACCACCCCCUCCUCCACCAAUGCUUAUCCAUGACCACAGCCUUGAAGACAGCCCUGUUAUUCCUCCUCCUCCUGGUGUUGGUGACAACAGACAGUGUGCGCUUUGUCUGAAUUAUGGAGAUGAGAAAACAAAUGAUUGUGGCAGACUGCUGUAUAUUGGUCAUAAUGAGUGGGCGCAUGUGAACUGUGCCCUGUGGUCAGCAGAGGUGUAUGAGGAUGUUGAUGGAGCUCUGAAAAAUGUUCAUAUGGCUGUAAGCCGAGGCAAACAGCUGCAAUGUAAGAAUUGUCACAAACCUGGAGCCACUGUGAGUUGUUGUAUGACCUCCUGCACCAACAACUACCAUUUCAUGUGUGCACGUCAGCAGCAGUGUGCCUUUUUAGAGGACAAGAAGGUUUACUGUCAGCAUCACAAAGAUCUUGUAAAGGGCGAGGUGGUGCCAGAGUCUAGUUUUGAAGUAACUCGGAGGGUUCUUGUGGACUUUGAGGGAAUCCGUCUGAGAAGAAAAUUUGUUAAUGGACUUGAACCAGAUAACAUACACAUGGUGAUAGGAUCUAUGACCAUCGACUGUCUAGGUAUGCUAACUGAACUGUCAGACUGUGAGAGGAAGCUAUUUCCUGUGGGAUACCAAUGUUCAAGGGUCUACUGGAGCACUCUAGAUGCCCGCAAGCGAUGUGUUUAUAAAUGUAGAAUAUUAGUGUGUAGGCCUCCUUUGAGUGAAACUUUGAAUAAGAACAUAGCAGCUCAAGAGGAGAACCACACAGUUGUCCAUAGUCCUCCACCUGUUUCAGCAGUGGAUACCUUUUUGCCUGGACCCAUAGAUUCCACAAAACCAUCAAAUGUGCCUUCCACACCAAAACCACGAGUUUAUUUUAGGAACAGGCACCCCAGCUUUCCACCAUGCCAUCGUUCUCCUUCAACCAGACCACUUCCCUCACCAGAUGGUUUUAAUAAUACAGGCCAUGAGAUUGUGACUGUUGGAGACCCUCUGCUGAGCUCUAGUCUUCGAAGCAUUGGAUCUCGUCGACACAGCACUUCCUCCAUCUCUGCUCAACAACCUAGGCAAAAGGUUUCCUCCCCUCCACAGGGAGGUACAGUAUACAGCCAAACAGGCAAUUCAUCUGCCUCUUUCAUGUCUUCAACCUCUAAAGAACCUUUAACCAAGGACACAGAUAAAGGAAGGGUAUCAUCUGGAGAGACAUCUUUCAGUCGAGAACCAAAUUCGAUAAACAUUGGAGCACAGCGUCGACUCAGUUUUGGUUUCACUGAAAGAGUGGAUGGUAGUAAAGAAGCAACCAAAAAGCACUCUGAUGGUGAGAGUUUGAAGUCAUCGCAACCAGCUAGUGUAAGUCAGGUGUCUCCACCUCUUGGAACUGCAGUAUUGACAGGACAUCAGAGAGCAAGUGGUGGUAUAAAAAAUGAGAAAGGGAAACAAGCAACAAAAGAUAAUGACCUGCCAGCUGGAGCCACUUUUAUGUCCAGUCAUCCACUUGCCAUGCUUCCAAAAGACAAAGCUAAUCCAAACAAGGAAGGAAAUAUGACAUCAAUGGCUGCAUUAAAAGACACAGUAAAGACAGGUUCUCCGCAAAGGAUUUACAAUAAAAGUGGGAGUAGGAAGUCUCAUGACUAUGCGUCAGGCCCAGCUGCAGUGGUAGCAAUGAAACCUCUCUGGUCAUCUGGUGCCAAGUUGGGAGAGGAAGACAUAAAGCGUGGCUUUCAGGCAAGUGCUGGUAUCACUGGUAGUCACGGGACCUCUAGCACCAAAGAAAAACACUCCAAAGUCAAAAUGAAUGUCAGCAGGGAUGUUUCAAAAGAAAGAAAAGAGACUCCUCAAAACCGAAAUGCGGUGCUCAACAGCAACUCUAAAAGCAGCAAUGUCAAAACACAAGGUCAGGUUCCACCACCUCACAACAUCAGCAAUAAAGCCACAGCACUAAGCAGCAACACAGGGUCUGGCACUGUGGAAGUUAAUAAAUUUGAUCAGAAGGAAGUGGAGAAGCCAUUAAAGUCCAAAGAGAGAUUUAGCUUUGAGAAAAAGCAUACUUCAGCCAUGGAUGCUAUUCAACCGAAAGCAGGGUCAGAGAGAAGUAUUCGACCACCACAAGUGCACCCUAAGUCAAGUAAGGAAGUUCCUCUAGUGGGAAAGAAACACACCGAAAGGCUUUCUUUAAUGUCUCAGAAAAUGGAUCCUAAUCGAACAAAAGCAGUCAGCAUAUCACCUAACACACAAACAUACACUUCUGUUACCCCUAGCAACCAGGGCCCCCAAAGAAGGUCGUCUCGAGCUAUGGUUUUCUCCCCAUCUGCAAGUUCAGAGAGCUCUGAAUCAGACAGCCACAUCCACCCGGAUGAUUCUGAAGAGCAUCUCAUGGACCACCAGUGUGCUGAUGAUGGGGAGGACAAUAAUUUAGAGGAUGAAGGCAGUGUCGAUAAACACCACGAGGAGGAUAGUGAUGGUUCAGCAGGUUCAGCAAAACGCAGAUACCCAAGGAGGAGUGCCCGUGCUCGAUCUAACAUGUUUUUUGGGUUAACUCCAUUCUAUGGUGUUCGAUCGUAUGGUGAGGAAGACAUACCCUUUUACAGAAGUGGUGAAAUCUCUAUGAAGAAGCGGACUGGGAGCAGCAAGCGCUCAGCCGAAGGGCAGGUUGAUGGAGCAGAUGAUAUGAGCACAUCUUCUUCAGCAGACAGCGGAGAGGAUGAAGAAGGAGGAAUUGGCUCCAAUAAGGAUACUUACUAUUACAACUUCACACGCACUAUAAUAAACCCUAGCUCUGGUCUUCCAUCUAUUGCUGGUAUUGAUCAGUGUUUGGGAAGAGGUUCACAGAUCCACAGAUUCUUGAGGGACCAGGCAAAGGAGCAUGAAGAUGACAGUGAUGAAGUUUCAACAGCAACCAAAAACUUGGAGCUGCAACAAAUUGGUCAGCUGGAUGGUGUAGAUGAUGGUUCAGAGAGUGACAUUAGUAUAAGUACCAGUAGCACAACCACUGCUACUACUUCAUCCACACAAAAAGGUUCAACAAAAAGGAAAGGUAGAGAAAGUAGGACUGAAAAAUCAAAUGUUGACUCAGGGAAGGAGGCAGUAAAUACCACUAGUAACAGCCGUGACAGUCGAAAAAAUCAAAAGGAUAACUGUCUUCCAUUAGGAAGUGUGAAAACACAAGGACAAGACCCACUUGAAACUCAAUUAUCACUCACCACAGAUCUGCUCAAGUCUGACUCUGAUAACAACAACAGUGAUGACUGUGGUAACAUCUUACCCUCUGAUAUUAUGGAGUUUGUGCUCAAUACCCCUUCAAUGCAGGCUUUGGGACAGCAAGCAGAAGCUCCUUCUGCUGAACAAUUCUCUUUAGAUGAGAGUUAUGGGGUGGAUGUUAACCAAAGAAAAGACAUGCUUUUUGAAGAUUUUACUCAGCCUCUGGCCAAUGCUGAAUCUGGCGAAUCUGGGGUGAGCACUACCAUUGCUGUAGAAGAGUCAUACGGGCUUCCUCUUGAGCUGCCCUCUGACCUCUCUGUGCUUACAACUCGAAGUCCCACUGUAAGUAAUCAAAAUCAUGGGCCACUUAUCUCGGAAACCUCUGAACGCACCAUGUUAGCUCUGGCUACGGAAGAGUCAGAAGCUGGGAAAAGCAAGAAGAAAACAAGAACGGGGUCCACUGUAUCCAGCAAGAGCCCACAGGAGGGAUGUGCUGAUUCACAGGUUCCAGAAGGACACAUGACUCCUGAACACUUCAUUCCUCCAAGUGUUGAUGGUGACCAUAUUACAAGCCCUGGAGUAGCACCUGUGGGAGAGACCGGGAACCAAGAUAUGACUAGAACUAGUAGCACGCCAGUUCUUCCCAGCUCACCCACCUUGCCUCUCCAGAAUCAGAAGUUCAUCCCUGCUACCACUGUCACCUCAGGUCCGGCUCCAAUUACAAGUUCUGCUGUUCAAGCUGCUGCCUCUCAGUUGAAGCCUGGCCCAGAGAAAUUGAUUGUGCUUAACCAACAUCUGCAGCCACUCUAUGUAUUGCAAACCGUUCCUAAUGGUGUCAUGAAUCCUAAUGCCCCUGUCUUGACAGGACUCAGUGGUGGCAUCUCCACAUCUCAGUCCAUUUUUCCUGCUGGCAGUAAAGGUUUAGUGCCUGUAUCUCAUCAUCCACAAAUCCAUGCAUUCACAGGCACCACUCAGACAGGUUUCCAACCAGUCAUUCCCAGCACCACAUCUGGCCUGCUCAUAGGAGUUACCUCCCAUGAUCCCCAGAUUGGUGUAACAGAAGCAGGACAUAGGCAUGAUCAUGCCCCUAAUGUUGCCAUGGUAUCUAGUGCUUCAACUAUCACCCCAGCUCCAUCCAUGAUUCCCUCUGGUCAUGGCAAAAAGCGCCUUAUUUCCCGUCUUCAGAGUCCUAAGAGCAAGAAACAGGCUCGUCCAAAAACCCAGCCCACUCUUGCUCCUUCUGAUGUUGGACCCAAUAUGACCCUCAUUAAUUUGUCACCUUCACAGAUUGCAGCAGGCAUCCCUGCUCAGACAGGCCUGAUGGAACUGGGGACUAUAACUGCCACACCUCAUCGAAAAAUUCCAAACAUCAUAAAACGGCCAAAGCAAGGAGUGAUGUACUUGGAGCCUACUAUCCUCCCACAGCCCAUGCCCAUCUCAACCACAACUCAGCCUGGCAUACUGGGACAUGAUUCCUCAACUCACCUGCUCCCAUGCACUGUGUCGGGGCUCAACACAAGUCAGUCUGUUUUAAAUGUAGUGUCGGUCCCUUCCAGUGCACCUGGAAACUUUUUGGGGGGCAGCUCUGUAUCUCUAAGUGCCCCAGGCCUCAUUAGCUCAACUGAGAUCACAGGAUCUUUAAGUAACCUCCUUAUCAAAGCCAACCCUCACAACCUGAGCCUUUCAGAGCAACCAAUGGUUCUUCAUCCAGGAACCCCAAUGAUGUCUCAUCUUACAAAUCCUGCCCAGACGUCCAUUGCCAGUAGCAUUUGUGUUUUUCCCCCAAACCAAAGCAUAACUGUGCCUGUCAACCAGCAAGUGGAGAAGGAGGGCACUGUCCAUCUCCAACAUGCAGUCAGUCGAGUCCUGGCGGAUAAGACCCUUGACCCAAAUGUCAGCUCAGCUGGUCAAGUGGCUCUUGCCCCUAAUCCUAUCUCUCAAGAACUUAACAAAGGUCAUGUUGUUAGCGUCCUUACUCAGAGUUCAAGAACCUCUCCCAUCUCUCGGCCACAACAUCAGCACCAAGCCUCAAAAUUACCUGCUGGAGCAAGCUCAGUUGCGUUUGGGAAAGGGAAACAUAAAGCAAAAAGACCCCGUCCAUGUCCAGAUAAGAGCAGUGGAAAGAAACACAAAGGACUUCAUUCAGAUACACCAACUGUUGACACAUCUGCAAUCCAAUUAUCAUAUAUUAAAGGGGACCAGGAACUGUCAUCACCUGAGCCAAUGGAUACAGGACAGUCUAAUGAAACCGGUUCAAAGAAGAGGGAUUCUACCACUAUGACUACCAAUUCUUCUGCUCUGAAACGUAAAACCGUAGAUGCUGUUGAUGAGAAACCAAGUACUGCAGGACUGCCAAGUAAAGGUGAUGGAACAGGAAACAAAGCAUUUUCAGUGGAUACACCUGAUCAAAGGGACAGUGGGAGAGAUUCUUCUCUGGACCACAAGCCCAAGAAAGGCCUCAUAUUUGAAAUCUGCAGUGAUGACGGAUUUCAGAUUCGCUGUGAGAGUAUUGAGGAGGCCUGGAAGUCCCUGACAGAUAAAGUGCAAGAAGCUCGGUCCAAUGCUAGACUCAAGGCACUUUCUUUCGAUGGAGUAAAUGGGUUGAAGAUGCUGGGUGUGGUUCAUGAUGCUGUAGUUUUUCUGCUGGAGCAGCUGUAUGGAGCCAGGCAUUGCCGGAACUAUAGGUUUCGCUUCCACAAGCCUGAGGAGACAGACUAUCUUCCUGUAAACCCUCAUGGAUCUGCCCGUGCUGAAGUGUACCACAGGAAAUCAGUUUUGGAUAUGUUUAAUUUCCUGGCAUCCAAACACCGUCAGCCUCCAGUAUACAACCCUCAGGAGGAAGAUGAGGAGGAGAUGCAACAGAAGUCUGCUCGACGGGCCACCAGCACAGACUUGCCACUGCCUGAGAAGUUCAGGCAGUUGAAGAAAGCAUCCAGGGACGCUGUGGGUGUCUAUAGAUCAGCCAUACAUGGCAGAGGUUUGUUCUGCAGGAAGAACAUUGAGCCCGGAGAAAUGGUGAUCGAGUAUUCUGGCAAUGUAAUUCGUUCUGUCCUCACUGACAAGCGGGAGAAGUACUAUGAUGACAAGGGCAUUGGCUGCUACAUGUUUCGAAUCGAUGACUACGAGGUGGUGGAUGCUACCAUUCACGGCAACUCAGCCCGUUUCAUUAACCACUCAUGCGAGCCCAACUGCUACUCUCGUGUGGUCAAUGUUGACGGUCAGAAGCACAUUGUCAUUUUUGCCACACGCAAGAUCUAUAAAGGCGAGGAGCUCACGUAUGAUUACAAGUUUCCCAUCGAAGAACCAGGCAAUAAGCUGCCUUGCAACUGCGGGGCAAAGAAGUGUCGCAAGUUCCUCAAUUGAAAGCAAAUUCACAAUGUAAAAGUAUCUGUGAAGCGCUAUCAAGAGUGUACACUUGCCAGGGAAGAGACAUUUUUAAAUGUUUUGUUUUUUACCGAAGCAGGCUCAGGUUAUCAGAAGGUUAAUGGUAUUGUGCCUCUUAAGUUGUUUGGUUUUUAGAAAAAGACAUUCGAGCGGAGUCACAAUGGAGAAGAUUGCCCUUAUGUCCCUUUUAGUAAUGUGCAAUUUAAGAGAUUAGUGCCCCUUCAUUCUUAACGUUUUGUAUGUGCUCUUUUAUUUGACCAUUUUGUUUUUAUAAGAAGGAUAUUGUGAAUAGUUUUAAAUUUGUAAUAAGUCGAGUCUGGCCUGCCCUUACUUACUGAGUGUGACAAAUUACUGAAAAAUUGCCACAUCGUUCCAUUCUACACCAAAGUGCAAUUUCGGAAGGGAAAGAUUUAAUGUUUUUAGAUUGACGAUACAUAAUCCUUUUUUUAGCCUGAGCUGUUUAGACAUCUUUCCCUUUUUGAAUGUACAUUAAAGCCUUCAGAGCAUCCAUGGUCAUCCUUGCCAAGCUGGGCCUGAUUCUCUGUAGGGAAGACACUGUAAAUAUUGUCUCGUAGGAAAGGUGAUUAGGGGAAACACUAGGGGGAGCAGUGGUCCCAGGAAUAGUUUGUCUGUAAAUGUUCUUUUUGUCAGUGGUAGAAAGAGAUGUGUUUCGAAGAGUAAACCAGCAUAGGGCUUGUGAGAUGUAGAAGCUGGCUGGGUUGAGAUCCUGGUGGACUGACAACCAAUGGACCAGAGCAAUUUCUGAGUUUUUGGGGGGAAUAAAAAUGCUUUUAUUUCCUAUCCGUUUUUUAUAGUAAUUUAGAGAGAAAGUAGCUUAAUUGCGUUGUAUUGCAAAAAAAAAGUAUAAUUUGCAUGUUUUAUGAAAUGUUGUUUAAUUGAUUUGAUUUUAGUCCAAAUAUUGUCAGUAGUUUAUUUAUUGUGUCUCAACAAAAGGGAGUUGUUUUUCUCUCCCAAGGCCCAUAGUUGUGUAUGAAUUCUAAUGUUGUUGACUAUUUUUGUUCUCUCCAAUGUUACCGACGGAAAUAUAAUUGGAAUAUGUAAAUAAUAUGUAUAUUUUUCUAUACAAAUGACUAAAAAGCACUCAUUGGUGAAUAGCACUUAACGAUGGUAUUUAUAUUUUUAAUAAAACAUUGUAUUUAUUUUGUCAACAUUUUUGUAGAAAAUGAUAGAUUUACAACACUAAUGCUUUGUCCAGACAUUUUCUAGUGCUCGCUGUCUCCUUUUUUAGUUGAUUUUUAAUUUUUGUAGCUCGAAUGGUUCGUUUCUAUUCCAAAGACUGAAGCGGUUCCCACAGAGUGCGGUCCACCAGAGGCUCUCGUUGCCAACCCAGAUCAAGCAUGGACAUGUCAAAUAUCAUUUCAAACCGGAGUUCGGUUGUUCGAGGUGUGAGAUCGGUCUCUCCUUUCUUAGUGCCAGCCUUAAAAUCACAUGCAAGAACAGCCCACCUUCCCCUAAAAGGCCCCCUAUUUUAUUUGGAUGCAUUCUAGCAACUGACGAGUCCCAAAGUUUAUUCCAUAUAUUUUGUUAUAUCAAAAUAUUUUCUUAGAGAUUGAUGUACUGCAAGGAAUCGCCACAUAGGCUAAAACUACUUCUAAAGCACUAUAUGUAUGGAGGAGGAGAGGGCUCUGGUUUCCUCACGGUCUUGUGCACUGAAGAUCAGUCUUCUUCCCAGUCUUCUUCAACACAUGUUGCCUUGGCACUGCAUGGAUUGUUCCAGCCAGCCCGUUCAGUCAAUGCACAUUAUUUGCUUGUAUCAUCUCUCAAAUGUCGACCCCCUUUUUUUGUUGAGCCCUGUUUGAAUAAGACUGAGGUAGACGUGGCUUUAUUACGGAUGUUCUGUGGAUUGUUCUUCCAUUUUUCAGAUCAAAAGUUUGGUGCCUUCUAUGUAACUGUUGUCGUGCGUUUCUGUUAAUUGGACCGUCAGCUGAGGAGCUCCAGAUGUGUAGAGCUGUUUAACUUGGGCACAAACGAACAGAUUCUUCUUCAAAUUGGUUUUAUUUUUCUAAAGAAAGCUGUAGCAUGAGUAUGUGGGUAUUGCAGAAUGGCUUGGGAUCUGUACAUACCUCUAGACGAAGCUGCUUUGUGCAAGCGUGGCUUUCUUGAGCGAGCCACUUUUAAGGCCAGUUCUUUUUGCUCAUUGCCUCGUAACUCUAAUACAAUUGUGUUUUGUUUUCCUCGGCCACUGCAGACCCCCCUGUAUUUAGGCUGCAAUAAUUUUGACCUUUUCCCAGCAUUUGACUUUUGACUAUGGCACUGAAGGUCAGAGUUCUGUACGUUGCCUCACGUUGAACAUUCGUUGGCUGCUGCCUCAUAUUUGUAUACCCGUUUGUAUUGAUGCGGUAUUGAUCGCCAUCUUUUUCAGGGAUACUUGGGGGUCUCGCCCAACUUUCCUCUGGCCCUGUGGGACAGGGACGUGCUGAACUCUGCAGCUAGGCCGUCGUUGAAUGUAUUCUAGAAUAGCUUUUUUGUUGUUGUUGUUUUGAUUGUUUCAUGAGUUUAUUUUCCAACAUGAAAGGCUGGGAAGAUGCAGGACAGCUUUUUAUUUCGUACGCUAGGAGGAUUCUACAGCAAUGGCAAUCUUUGCAGGGUUCUACAGAAACUAUUGCUCAGUCUAACGAAAUAAGAUUUUUAUUUUAUUAAUAUAUUUUUUUUGUAAUGCAGUUACUAAUCCUAAGGGCUUUGUAAUAGACUCCUGUACAGACAUCAAUACAACUUCAGAUGCUCCAUAAACUGGUGUAACAGUGCUCAGUCAGUGUUUCAGAACAGACACGCUCUGUCGUUUUCCUGGACUUUACUCUUCCACACCACAACUUCUUCUGUAAUUAUCAACAGUCUAUAUGUAUACAAAAUAUACAUGAAUAUCUAUAUAUAUAUAUGAACUAAACGUGUAUGAAUAGUAACUUGUACUUCAAUAUCUACACAAUAUACGGAAUGGACAGACAAACUUAGUUACAGUAGCAAACAGCAGCUUCAUAAUGGUUAAUAAUUGCAAUGUUCAGUGUAUAAUCUAUAAUGGUUUUGUGUUACAGAUAAACUUUAGAGUAACUAACUUGUGCAUCAUUUUAAUAUCAAGAUCAAGUACCAGUUUUCCUGUGCCUGUGUAUGUUCCUUCAACGGAGCGUCGCAGUUUGUUUCGUUUUUUUCUUCUCUUCUUGGUUUUACUUUUUGGUUUGUUUUUAUUCGGAAAGGAGCGCUAUUUAUAUUAUGAAACAAGUUCAUGUAAAAUGUGGUUGUAAACUUUUUGAGCAUUGAUAUUUUUUUUUUUUUGCUUUCGAUGGUGUAGUCAGCUUUAUUUUACUCUGUACAUUUUUAACAGUUUGUGGACAUCAGGAAAAAAAUGUCCUUGCCUAAACGCAGCCUUUGUCACCUAUACCUCUCUCUCCUGUUGGAACUUAAGUUGUACUUUUUUCUUAUGUGAUGUUCUGUAAUGAGUAAUGGUGACCAUUCUAUUUAUUUAUUUCUGCAAACAUCUCUAGAUGUACACUGAGGUAAAUCUUCUAAAGCAGGUGAUGGCGCUCACUGUUUUUCGGAGUUUUUACAUGGUUCACUUUGUACAGAAUUGAGUUGCGGACCAUCGGAGGUACUUGAGGGAGGUUUUGAGAGGGAGAGAUUUUAAAUUUGUUCCUCUUGGAGGAAGCAAGUUUUCCUUUGUCUUACCGACACUUCCUUUCCCCUGUAGCUUCGUGAGAUCAUGUCGAUGUUGAUACUGACAGUUUUAGUUUUGUUUUGUUUUGUUUUUUCUCCAAGUUGCCCCAUCAGUGUUCUACCAUUUUACACAAAAAUGAAGGAAAAUUUGUUAAUCUAAAAUAUUCAACCACAAACUACUUAAAGAUGAAUGUAUAAUGAGGAAAAAAAUGUACAUAACUGUAAAAAGGAAAUUUCUAAUCAUGUUUAUUUUCUAUGCACUUUUUUAUUUAAGUGAUAGUUUAAAUAAUAAACAUGUCUUGUUUACUCAAA